CUUUCCUAUUAAUCUUAUCUUGGUCAGUAAAUAAAAAUACUUCAGAUGCGUAAAUGAGAUUUUGCACAGCUCUGUUAACAAAAGGGUGUCUGUCUCUUUCAACAAGAUGGUAUUUAAUGAGACGCUUAUUUCAGUGGCAUAAUGACUCUCCCCUUGGCAGGCCUUUGCAAACUAUUAUAUCCUCAAAGAUGAUACUUUAGUCAUUGUGUGCAACCAUGUAUUAAACUUAUUAAAAAGACUUUGCAAUAUUUUAUUCUUUUUAAAGCCUACUUUGGCUGUUCCCGUUACAAGUUCACUUUAUAUGCAACCAAUCUCGUGGCUCUCUGAUUCAAGGGAGGAUAAAUAACAUUUUGUCAUAAUUCUAAAAGUCCUUGAAAUUCUUAGCUGCAGUUACAUUCACUGAAAAAUAAAAUGAGAAACUUUUUGCAAGCACACAAGUAAUGUGGAAAACUGAAUCUGAAUUUGAUGUGCUGUAGCAUGCUGUUUCAUGUCACUCUGUAUGGCCACAUUUUAUCGCUUCAUGGUUAGGAGGAGUGAAGCAGUUUCAUGCACUGAUAAGUUUGAUCCUGUUUCAGAUUUUGAUGUAGCUGACACGAGGAUCUGUAUUUUAAAAAAAAGUCUUUCUUACAGGGCCUGUGUUCAUUUCUUAAAAGGGAGGAUGGAGCAGUUUUCUGAGAGAUAUUUGCAAUAUUAAACAGAUUAAUUAAAAAUGCCUCAGAGACAAGAAGGAAAUAUAAAUCAAAGAAGUAUUUUUACAGGACCUGUAAGGACUCCUGAGAAUCCAUCACUGCUAGCUGUGCUUGCUGUUUCCUCCUUUUGCUCACAGUUUGUACUACUGCUCUGUUAUUGAUCCAAAGCUUGGAAAAGAAACAUGGAUGCAUUUCUGAGUUGCUUGGCUUUCUUGAAAGCGCUCUAUCCAAAUUCUAACAUAUUUUGGUGUCCAUUAGUAUAUACGUUGCUUUGACUUUUUAAUAUGGGAGAAGGGGAAGGGGAACCAACUACGUGAGGUCUGCCUAUGUGGACAUUUUACCAGAACAGUUCAAAUUUAACUUGGCUGAUAUUUUUCAUUGACAUAAUUUCAUCUGGUAUUGAAAGCAAACAACAGCAGUAACAACAACAACAAAAAGCACACCAAACCCUGAAACACAAUAGCGACUCUGAAAGCUAUUUGCUCUGUCAGAGCAGAGGCUAAUUACUCAGCCAACAUACUUGGACCCAGAAAUUCAUUUUUCACUUUAGUACAUACAUUUUAAGGCAUAGCAACUGUACCUGAGCUUUGCUCUAUUUUUAAGGUACUUUUCAAUGAGCGCUAUUGGCUUUGCCUCAUCUCCUGUCUCUUCUUACAUCUGUGCCAAGAGUUCCACCCUUUAUCACUGUAUGGAUGUGCAUUUCUAGUUGUCUAGUCAGUCUUUUCUCACUGUUAGUGCUAUAAGCUCAUUUUGCUUCCUGCUUCAUUGAUUCCUCUGUACAAGUGCUUGUUUCCACUCGUUCAAUGUGAAGUCUGUCCUUUCUUUAUUUCCUGUAAUUAUUCUCUCCCAUGGAUCCCAUAUUUAUUUGUAUGGUUAGUGGUGGCAGAGCAUGUCUUGCUUUUUCAGACUAAGAUAGAAAGUCUCUUAGGACCAUAUUACAUCUGCUGGUAAUUUUAUAACAGCCUACUCGUAAUCUAGAUGAUACCACUGUGAACAAUUGUUGAUUACUGCUGCAACUUAAACCAAAGACCUACAUAGCUUCAGAAAUAAGAGUAACUUGAAAUAUUUGGGGGGAAAACAAGUACUUUCAAAAAUUCUCUUUUGGUUGUGAAUGGUUAGGCUGUGGCAUUAGUUGAGGGCAGAGCUGUCACGCAUAACAGUUCACUGUUGUGCUCAACUUUUUGGUUCAGCUUUCAGUAUUUACUAGAAAAGUAGGCAGCUCCUACUUCUUGCUUACUUUCUGUACGAAAGCCUGGGUUCCCCAGGUGAGAGUACAGCCUAGUUGCUGUUCAGUGGCAAAAGACUGACAGGAGAGCAGAGGGCUUCUCCUCUUAAGAGGUGCUCCUGAGCAAGAGGGUGCUGCUGCUUCUAGCCUCCUUGUCACACAGCAACUAGAAGUACUGCCUGGUUGGUCAGUUCUAGGCAGAGGUUCUUUGUGUGAAGCUUUCAGCUAAGUGCCCACAUGCAUUUUUUCUUCUGGCAAGCUCCUUUAUUCACUGAGGAGAUGUCAAAUCAUUCCAUAAAAGUGUGCACGUUUCUUCCUAUAUAUGCCUUAGAAAUGCCUACCUCCUCUUCCUCGAUUUAGCAGAAAUGCUGAGCACCUGUGUGGGGCAGUGGAAUUGCUCUUCUAAGCCAUUUGGUUUUGCCUUAAUGACUGUUGUAACUGGAUAAAUUGGCAAAGCUGGUCUCAGUGCCACCUGCCUUCUGCUUUAUGUCCAAUUUGUGCUUCUGUUUGGUAGCUUAUGAGAGCCCAGGAAUGGCUGCCAGUACAGUUGAUGAAUAAAAACUGUUCAUAUUUAACCAAAAGACCAGAAUCCAAGUUCCUCAUGAUUAUUUUUCUUUUUUGUCUGACUGCAGUAAAAUAAUGUCUCUAAUAAAAAUACUGAGGAAGAAGAGGAAGAAAACUCAUGUUUUAUAUUUCUCAAAACCAAAGAAGACCUAGACCUUGUUUUGUGCUGCCUGAAGAACAAACUACCAGCUACUGCAAUGAGCAGUUCAUCCUGAUACAAUGAGAAGUUCAGCUGGUGAAAGAAGAGUUGGAUCUGAAAGGAAAGGGCAAAAUGAAAUCUAUCCAGGCCAAUUCCAGCCAUCUCUCUGCCACAAGUUCAUAGCUUUGAUGGAUAAAGAAGGAAAAUUGCUUCGUAACUAUACUCAGAACAUAGACACGUUGGAACAGGUUGCAGGAAUCCAAAGGAUAAUUCAGUGUCAUGGUUCCUUUGCAACAGCUUCCUGCCUGAUCUGUAAAUACAGAGUUGAUUGUGAAGUUGUUCGAGGAGAUAUUUUCAAUCAGGUUGUUCCUAGAUGUCCUCGCUGUCCGCCUGAUGAACCACUUGCUAUCAUGAAGCCUGACAUAGUGUUCUUUGGAGAGAACUUACCUGAGCAGUUCCAUCGUGCCAUGAAGUAUGACAAAAAUGAAGUUGAUCUCCUUAUUGUCAUUGGGUCUUCACUGAAAGUAAGACCAGUAGCAUUGAUUCCAAGUUCCAUCCCCCAUGAAGUGCCUCAGAUCUUAAUUAAUAGGGAACCUCUGCCUCAUCUACACUUUGACGUGGAGCUUCUUGGAGACUGUGACGUUAUUAUUAAUGAAUUAUGUCAAAGGCUAGGUAGUGAAUAUUCAAAACUUUGCUACAACUCAGUAAAGCUUUCAGAAAUAACAGAAAAGCCUCCACGAAUGCACAAAGAGCUCGAAAUGCACUCAUCUGAGCUACCACCUACACCCUUGAACAUUUCUGAAGACUCUGGUUCACCAGAACAAAUGACUCCACCAGAUACUUCAGUGGUGCCCUCAGAACACGCAGCUGAAUGUAAGAUAGAAAACUGUGAUCCUGCCUCUGAAACUAAAGGGACCUGCACAGAGGAAAAGCUUCAAGACACACAGGCAUCCUCUGAAAACCUUGAAAAUACUACUAGUGAAUCAAUGAACUCUGAAACAAUGAAGGAAAAUGGAACCAACAAUGGAGAAAGCAAAGAAAAAAAUGAAAUAGUGAAGAAGUGCUGGGUAAAUAGAUCUGCAAAAGAACAGAUUAGCAAAAGGCUGGAUGGUACUCAGUAUCUAUUUUUACCACCAAAUCGCUAUAUUUUCCACGGAGCUGAGGUAUACUCAGAUUCUGAAGACGAUAUGAUAUCUUCUAGCUCUUGUGGGAGUAGUAGCGAAAGCGGCUCGUGUCGCAGUCAGAGCUUAGAUGUGGAGGACGAGAGCGAGAUUGAAGAGUUUUACAAUGGCAUAGAGGAUGAGGAUGCUGCGGAAAGGGAAGACGAAGCUGCAUUUGGGGAAGAUGGGGUUGAACAAGAUGCAGCUGAUGAAUCAGCUUACACAAAUGAAGCUGCAGGGAACAAUCAUCCAACAAGCAACAAGUUGUGAAGCGAUCACUGGUUACAGGAAUUUUCCACCAGCAUUAGGAGCUUUGGCAUGUCAGGACGAAUGUUUACGUCUGGAUUUAGAGCAAGGAAACCAUAAGGAUGUGGUGUUUAUAAACAACUGAAACAGAUUUUCAUGCUUAGUUUUUUACCUUUUUCAAUAAAAUUCUCUUACUGCACACUCAACACUAACUUUUUUUUUUUAAGGUACUAGGAAUAUCUAAGCAAUUAUUACUAUGUUCACUUUUAAGUCAUCUGUCUGAUCAGACAUCCAUGUAUAUAAUACCUAUUUUGCAUAAUAAAUUUCAGCUUAUAUUAUUUUUAAACAGUUUUGAAAAAGCCAUUGGAAUGUUAAACUAAUAUAAAGGGAACAGCUAAUUUAGACCAAAGAAUGGUAUUAUCACACUUCUUGCUUUGUAACAGUUUGGUUUAUUUAAAACUUCUUACGCUUCUGCUAAACCUUUCGUUCUCGCAUAGCCUAUCAUUAAACACUGGCAUUUUCUAAGACCGACUGGCAGCUAAUUUUUUGCUUUAACAGUUAGUUUGUAUGUUUGAGACAUACUUAAAUGUGAGUAGAUAGUUAAAAAUGGAAACAAGACAGUAAGCACUUGAAAACUCCUAAUCUUUUUUAGACUGAUAAGAAGUGCUGUGAAAAUGCUUCAGUUACUGAGCUUAAUACUUCCUGUGGACAUGAAGCUAUGUUGACAUUGGCUCCUUAGCAAUUAUAAUACUGGAACACCAGUAUUUUAAACAAAAUGGAUUCCCGAUGGUCGAAGUUUUUCAUGUUGUAUACAAAAAGUCAAAUAUAGUGCAGCUUGCAUUAACAAUAGGAUUUGAUCACUUGCCAAGGCUGCAACACAGAGGCUUGGCUGCGCACACAAUAACGUUCCUACCAGCACGUGAGAAGGCACGGAAACCAAAUCUCUUCCUGUAAUACUUAGAGGUAACAGAAUCAGAAGAAACUUGCUCAGAGAGCAACAGCCUCUGCUGCUACUGCUGUGUGGGUGAAAUACAGGUUAAUCACCUCACCUGGAGAUGUGCUACUUUGAGUGAUGUCCCAGAUGGGAAAUGUGACUUUCCACCUGCUAGCUCCAACAUGCAUCUUAGAAGCAAAGCAGCUAUUCCAAUGAUCACAUUGCGUAUUAAAGUGCUAAGCUGCCUUAAAACUGGAUGUUGCAAAUUUUCAAGUGCGGAUUGUUUCCAAGCCUUUAGAAUUAUUUUGUAAAAUUGCACAGUGCAGUAGUAAGUGAAUCAGCAUUUUUUAUAUAAACCACUUUUUCAACAUUGGCCCAAAUGAACUCUACGAUGUAGAUUAUUCAGAUACUUUGCUUUAAUAUUUAUUACAUUUUGGAGAUGUAUAGUAGCUGUUCUUUGAAGAUAAGAUACAUCACUUAAUGAAUAUUUAAGAACAGCUUUCUGCAUUCAUCUAAAAAUGUUGGCAUGUUGUCUCAUUGUCCAAAUUUAAUACAGCUCUUAUUUGGCUACACUAAAGAAUGCAAUAUGUUUAGUUUUCACUUGCAUGUUACAAUGUAUUAGUUUGUGCUAUAGGAGAUAUUUUAAAUUGAAAUACUUUGUUUUAAAUUAUUUUUACAGUGAGGAUUGUUUUCUGCUCUUUUAUAUUGUAUAUAGUGUCUUUUAUGUAAUCUACUGGCAUAUGUUUUGUAGAAGACUGUUUAAAAUGACCGGCUAUCUUCCUGCAACUUUUGAAAUACAAAACCAGUGUUUUAUA